AUGGAGGGACUUCGAGAAGUGGUGGCUUUGAAAGUUUCAAACAGAGAGCGUGGUUACCACAAACCAGAAGCUUGGUUACUAGAGGCUUUAGAUCAGAUGGGUGACUGUUCGGAUUUCGUGGAAACGACGGCGAAGGCGGAGUACCUGUUCAAUGCUCAAAAUCCCAUCGAAGGAGUCUAUAUAUUCUUCGGCGACAAAGCUGGUUAUUUGCAUGAUCUAUGUGUGGAAUUCACAAUAUCGUUCCCGAUGAAUUACCCUGACCAGCCUGUUGAGGUUAUAUUCCAUCAUGACAUAGUGCAUCCGCACAUUGCGGGUAAAAAGUUAUCGAGAUUCGGCGACUGUGAUCAUCAAUCCACGGAUGAUAGUGGGCAUUUCUACGUUCGGGAUUUGAUUGAUUGGAACGCUGUUGAGCACUCUACUCUGCACGUGUUGGCUGCGAUUAAGAGUAUGUUAUUCCAGCCUUUAGAACAGCCCAAAAUUUUAACGGAGAAAUCUAAAGGUGUACGGAAUAGAAAGGCACUUGAAGAACUACUUAAAGGGCAAGGCUGUCUGCAGUUGUGGAGAGAACGGUAUAUCCGAUCACAGAUUAAUGUGAGUAAUAAAACCCGGCUCUCUUCGCGACAAGAUUCGGCUCGUGCGCCUUACGACUCACCCGACGCCGAUAAAGGUCGUAAUACACUCAGCAACAAGUUCGGUAGCAGCAGUCUGGAAGGCGGUAUGUAUGUGAACAAGAGAAGGUCCUCCAUAGGCACUGUAGAGAAGCCAUCCGUUGAUCUCGUGGUCCCUGCAUCUCUUAAACCGUACAUUGCAGACGCACUCAAUCUGGAGGAAAUCAGUGCACAAAUUGAUACACAUGUUAACAUCAUGCUAAAAAGACUUCAGGCAGACGAAAAAGUGGGCCUUUUCCAUAUCGUCAACGAGAGAGUUGAUGUUAUACAUUCAGAUCUACAAGCGCUCCUAAAAUGGUAA